AUGAAGGUAAAUGCUCUGAAGAAAUACAGCACCUACAAAAAAGAAUUGACUAAAACAGGUGGUGGGGUAAGACCUGCAACUCCUUACGAUGGAGUAAUAAAAAUCAAAGAUUUGUUGAAUCCUGCAGAGGUGUUGAGGGAUCAUAAUAUAUAUGAUUCAGAUGGGAUUAACCAUGAUGACUAUAUAAACAACAUGAUAAGCCAUAGCAAAAUGUUGAAAGAGGAAGAACAAAGAGACGUUUGGAAAUGGCUGAAGAGGAAAAUGCAAUUAAAAUGGGAGAACGUGCAAUUAAAAUGGAAAUACAUAAAUAAUAACAAAAAUGUGCAAUACUCGAAAGAGAUAUUUUAG